CGUGUUCUCUAGAGCACUGUGUGUGUAUGUGUGAAGAGCAAAAGCGAGAGAGGAAGAGAGAGAGAGAGAGCUGGCAGUCUGUUUGCCUUGCAUAACAUACGCUGUAGCUCUCACACGUAGGGCUAGUGAAACAGCACAGACGAGGGGACUUCCUUUACCCUAAGCCCGAGCAAUUGUCGAAGGAAGUGGAGGAGAGUGAAGGUGGGGGGGUGGGAAUCGGACAUGGAAGAAAACAUAAAUCAGAAGAUUGCGUGUGUGACCUGAUAGCAGAGCUAAACCUGGACAAAGGACAGCUUGCCAGUGGGUAGAGUGAGUUACACUCGUAGUGCAGAGAGAGAGAGAGUUGUUAAAGGCUCCCCUAUAAAUAAAGGUAAGGACCAUUAGCCAUCAGUGAGAGAUGAUUCCACAUGAAGCACAUGGAUCCUUUCAUGACAAGAGUCCUGACAAUGGGCAAGACUAUAGUAAAAGUGGAGCAAAGUAAAAAUGAAAAUCUUGACAACUGAGUUCGACUUUGAACUUUAAAACAUCCUGAUUAAGACAAGUGGGUUAAAAUACGUGACAAGCUCCAAGACCAUGAAGUCUAACCAGGAACGUUGUAAUGAAUGUCUUCCGCCAAAAAAGCGGGAGAUUUUAGCUCUGGAAGAGAAGCAGGUGCUGGUGUCAGCUGCUGUUAGUGACAGCCAGAGUGGAGAGAAUUUGGCUUGGCUAGCCAGUGUUGCUACCAUGGCUAGCAUGGCCCACAUCCCCAACAAUGCAGGCCCAUCACAGAGCAACAGUGCUGAGCCUGACAGCCCCCCACCAUCAAAUAAGGCUCUCACUGUGGUGACGGAAUAUCCUCCAACUACUACAUCUGCUGGCUUUUCAUUCUCUUCCAAUAGCUCCACAUACAAGGGAGUUUUCUCUGGCCCUACCAUGCUAACAGCCAAUCCUGCGGUUCUCUCCACAAGCCUUCCUCAAACCAUAGGCUCCGUCCAAUACACACAACUUCCCCCCAAUCUCCAGCUCAUAGGGCCCUAUACAAGUUAUAUCUCUUCACAGAUUGUGCCAUCCACAACCAGUUUAACACAGCCACGAAGGAUGCCACAAGAGGUUUUGGCCACAACAGCUGUCAUCUCCCAAGCACCUAGCCUUGAUUCACAGAAUCAUCAUGUGAUUUCUUCUAUACCAAAUGUUUCCAAUAGUCAAUGCAUCCAGGUUGAGAGAGCUCCUUUGGGUUUGGCAGUGUCCUCCCCUUCUGCCCAACUGCCCAUUCAAAUCCAUCCACAUUCAGCAGUCCUUGCCCCUCAUGCCCUAGCCCUCACCCCCUCUCAAGUGGUUCUACACUACACAGAUGGCUUCAUUGCGAAGCAACCAGACUCACAUCCCAGAGAGAUGCAGAAUGGUACACUUGGAGAGAUUUCAAUGGUCAAGCACAGUACUGCCAAAGGGAUUCCUAGCCAGUCAGAAGGUGACCAAAGCCAUAAGCAAAACCACAACCUGGGCCUCCAGACCCAAGCUCAGGUUCUGCUUCCAGCAGACUACAGCACUCAAGAGAGAACAGGACUGCAGACAUCGCUGAUGUUAGUAUCCAGUAGCCACCUUGCAGCAAACAGCAACUCAGAGCUCCAAAGUAUCUUGGGUAAGGACCAUUCAUCCUUGCACCUUGCUGAGAGAGGAGGGAUCUGCAUAGGCAAACCAAUGUCCAGAGUGUCCGUCCUUACGUCCUCAGACAGCCAAGUUUCACCGGCCCCCACAAUCUCCCCGCACACACUCCUGCAGGCUCCUCACAACACUCCCCAUCAAGAGCUCUCCACCAGCCUUUACUCUGCAACGCAGCUCCCAAUUAUUGGCUACAUCACCAGUACUUCUGGUGGACCCCAGCAAGCAGUAACUGGUUAUCAAAGCAACCUGCCACAGCACGUGGUGUUCUCAGGCAACCCCUCCUUGCUCAUUCCGGUGAGUGCCACUAACAUCAAUCCAACUACUGCUGAGCCGGAGGUCACCCACUGUUCUGUCAUCCCCAGUGUUGCAAAUGCAUCAACAGCUCUGCCUCAGACCUUUAUUAAUACAUCUCCACCUGCUGCUGCAGCUUCAGUCCUACCCAAUGGUAAAGACAUCACAGUCUCUGACAGAGGUCAUGCCUCCUGUGUCAUGCCAAGUCCAACCCAAAUACAGCUGCCUGUUCUUUCAACUGGUGUAGUGGGGUCUCCAGUUCCUCUAACACCUCCAACAUCCACAAGCCCUCACAGCACACCAACAUCACCAUCAGCAGGCCUACCACCAUUCUUCAUGAAGGGCUCUAUUAUACAGUUGGCAGACGGCGAACUAAAGCAUGUAGAGGAUCUGCGGACAGAGGACUUUGUACAAAGCGCGGAGGUGAGUGGAGAACUGAAGAUUGAUUCCAGCACAGUAGAGCGCAUAGAGUGCAGCCGCACACCCAAUGCUGUUAUCAUACAGUUCUCAGUGGGAGAGAACAAAGCCCAGGUCUGUGUCGAGGUUCUAGUUGAAUACCCUUUCUUUGUGUUUGGUCAAGGUUGGUCGUCCUGCUGCCCUGACCGCACCACCCAGUUGCUAGCACUAUCCUGUGCCAAACUCUCUGUGGGUGAUGUAUGUAUCUCUCUAACCCUUAAAAGCCUAAAAGACAGCAUUCAAAAGAAAGAUAAUUUUUCAAACUCUUUGACAAAACACAAACCAGCCAAAAACAGUGGGCCAAUUGAGGAAAGACCAACCCAAAUGGAGGAUCUUAAGAAAGGACACAAAAUUACAUCAGGAGUGGAAAAUACUGCAGGAACACUGGUUGAGACUUCUAACCGAAGAAAUGUGUUGACCCUCUUGGAGAAUGGGGGAAUAAUUUCUCAGACACAGGUGAACCUCAAAUCUGAGGCAGAAAAGACAUGCACAUUUAGUGACAAGAAAGCAGUUAGCCGCAAGAGGAGAUGGUCUGCUCCAGAGAGGGGAGAAAUGUGGAUGUCGCAAGAGGACCCUCAGAUUUUACCCAAAUUUUCCUUCCUCCCACAUCAGCUGAAGGUCAGCAUUGAGGGCUGCUCCAGCACAGGUUGCUGAGGACGUUCAGAACUCCAUAGAGCAGUGGUGGGGAGUCAAUUUCUAACCAAGAAAUACAUUAAUUAGCCAUACUUAAUUUAAGAAAUCACCUAAUGGUGAUUAACUGAUUUUUUUUUUUUUUUUUGCUUGGUGUCCAAAAAAUGCUUUUGCUUCAACAACAGAGACUCAGAAUACUUUCCCCAUCACUGCCAUGGACUCCAAGAGGGACAAGGAAGAGCAGAUUUACUUUUUGUUACUUUGUUGCUUUCCUAUCACUUUCAUAUCCAGGUUACUGUAACUUUAGACCAUUUUAUACAAAAAUGUGUUUGAUCAUUAGAGUCAUGUCAUACAUAAUAUUUAUCCUUAGAUAUUCUUUUUAAAUCAGCUUGACAUGACAGUUUUGGGUUGUAUAUUGCAAGUUCUGACCACUUUUUUCUCAGCUUGCACAGCAGUGAAACAGUCUACUGUUAUGUGUACUGAAUUAAUUCAUAAUCAGGGCUUUGACUGGAUAAGGACUGUUACAUGGAUUGAUGGCAAAAGGUUAACAGUAAGAUAUGUCAUUUGUAUGACUAUGAUUACAGGUGACUUCUGCGAGUUGUGUGAAAAUUAUUAUCUUGACAGAAGCAGCCUUCCACUUGUUACUGCCCCUUGCUUACAUAAUGUCAUCUGAGAGUGACAGGCUUUGCUCGAGUGACUACUUUGAAACAAACUUAAGUCAAGUAAAGCAUCAAGAUACAACACUGAAUGUUAAAUGAUUUAUCCUCAUAUGUUAAUUCAGUUGCUGGUAGUCUUCUAGAUAUGCAAUACUGAGCUUUCACAUACCUCAAUGUGUGCAUUUAACAAUUAACCCAAUUAGAUGGCCUGAUCGGAUCUGUGAUCUAAGAUCUGAGUGAGAAAAUAUUGGAGAAAUCUUCACAGUGUCAAAGUGGCUGUGUAGAGAAGUCUCCGUUCAAGUCAGAAUUAGCACUUUAAAGAAAGGUUAGGGGAAGUUGAAUGAAUGGAUGGAAACAUUCCCACCUUUGUUUUGUUACUACAGCAACAGACCAUUUUGAGUGCUGAUAGUCAUUUUGAGCAUUACUACCCAUUUUAUGUGCAAAUAACUUCUCAUUUAGUGCUUUCCAAUAAUGAUGUAUUCCUUUACACUAUUUUAAGUAUUGUGGGUCUUAAUCAGUCCAGCGAAAAUAAUGAAUUCUUUGUUAAAGACACAACAUAAUUGCCAUACAAAUAAAUCUACACAGCAUACUCAAUGUUCGAAACAAGCCACGUUUUACAGUUUUAUCAUAAACAGAAUUGGCCUUUUUGUAUUGAUUUGUUUAUAUAAUAAAUUUACCAUCUGAUAAAGUUAACAAAAUCACAUAGAUAUGAUAAUUUAAAUAGUACGAAUCAGUGGGUCAAAGGAAGAUGCUGUGCUGUGUUCAAUCUGCUCUGUCACUGAAAAUCGAAAUUUCCAGUUUAGGCAAAAAUGAAUUGUGAACAUAGACAUAAGACAUCCUGAAAGGAAUAUGCUUCAGUCUGUCACACCCUAAUUUUUGUUUGCAUCAAAAUAAUUUAUAGCUACUACUCAGAAUAAGGUGUGUCAUCCACUGUGGGUCUCUUUUAUAAUUCUGAUUCUCCUUACUUAGCAGUAUGCUGCUAAUGACAUAAACAUGUAAUGGUCAGUCUUGUAACUUCUCUGCAGAGAGAGAGAGAGAAAAUAAGAAGAAUACAAUAUGAAUGUUGAGACGCUAUCUUUAGAUUUUAGUAUCCACAUUAUCUAUUUUCUCUGUCUUUAUCUUUACUGUGCUUGUCAUGUUAAAGGAUCAUGUUAAUGUAUCACACUGCAAUGAAAAAUAACAGAAAAGGUAAUAAUCCAUAAACUUUCUUUUUUAAAUGACAUUUGUAAUUGCUCUAUUCCAUAAAAAAAAGCCUUAUGGGAUUGUCUUCAGAUGUAUUUUACUUGAAACAGUCACAAAAUAAUUCUUAUCUAAUUCAACUGACUGUUUUAUACAUAUUAGUGCUGUUAUAAAUUCAGAAGAAAAAAAAAAUCUUUGAAUACAUAUAAAAUUUUUUGCUAUUUGCACAAGUAGACAUUUUAAAGAGUAAAGCCAAUUGUACGUAUUGAAUCUUAUAGUUAACACUUCAUAUUGCCAGCUCUGUAGGUCACCUAAAAACUAUCCAUUUUGAUAUGUGUGCUCAAGAGUGUGAGUUUUUCACUAAAGUCAGUUUGUUGACGGACUUGAAAAAGGUAUUGUUGCGUCUAGGGUUAUAUUCAGAUGGAAUCACAAUAGACCUCAUAUUGUAGAAGUAAAGCUUGAUUGCACAUUGAGUCCAAUUUGGAUUUGGAUUUUAUGCACUUUUGAAGAGAGAGGACAAUGAAAGAGAAAUGAAAGGGAUUUUUGAUUAGUAGCCACAAAGCUACAAUAUGUUCAAUACAGUCCAUUGUGCUGGUGAUAUUGGUAAAGCAGUAGAAAAAUGUGCUAUGACAAUAGACUAGAAACCAUUAAAAAAGUGUCAAUGUUUCUGGAUUGUUGUUUGUUUCAAAUGUAUCAUUGUUCUCUCUCUUUUCUCUCUCUCUUUUCUCCUGUGUAGCUAUGUACAUGUAAACCUCAGUGUGUUUGUACACUGUGUGGAUAACUUCACUGAAGACGGUCAAGUUUCAACACUGUUGGCAACAAACGUUCUUUUAUCCAGUGUGCACGAUUCUGUUUCAACCUAACAAAAGCAAUUUAUUAUCAUCUGCAUCCAAAUUUUUUUUUUGUUUAUUUGUUUUUAAAAAGAA